AUUACAACUUUUCCACUCAUUUUACAGUUUUCAGCUAGAUUUUUGAAGAUGGAUGCUGCUGGGAGGACCACUGGAACAAAAUAUGAGUGCUUGCUCUUUGACAUGGAUGAUACCUUGUACCCCUUGAGCUCAGGUCUGAACUUGGCUUGCCGAAAGAAUAUACAAGACUACAUGUUGCGGCACUUGAACAUUGAAGAAAGCGAAGUACCAAGGAUGUGCUUGGAAUUAUACAAGGAAUAUGGAACAACAAUGGCCGGUUUAAAGGCACUUGGCUAUGAAUUUGACAAUGAUGAGUUUCAUGCUUUUGUUCAUGGAAGAUUGCCCUAUGACACCCUGAAGCCUGACCCUGUGUUGAGGAGCCUUCUCCUUUCCACGCUACAGAGGAAAAUAAUCUUCACUAAUUCUGACAAGAAGCAUGCGCUUGAAGUUCUCAACAGGUUGGGGUUGGAGGAUUGUUUUGAGGGCAUAAUUUGCUUUGAAACUCUUAAUCCUGCUCUUGAACCGGUAGAAUUCAUGGAUGCAUUAGAUGAUAAUGCAGUUCUAUCUGGGGAUGAAGGAGGCCUUGAUAUCACUGACAGUAGUGCUGCUAAUAGUGUCAGUUCCAAGCGGCGAGUCCUCUGCAAACCUGCCCUGGAAGCCAUUGAAGCUGCAAUUCGGAUUGCCAAUGUUGAUCCCAAGAAAACAAUUUUCUUUGAUGACAGUGCUCGAAACAUAGCAAGCGGAAAGGCAGCAGGGCUUCACACCGUUAUUGUGGGGAGUUCGGUACUCAUUCCGGGUGCAGAUUAUGCCCUGAGUUGCAUUCACAAUAUGAAAGAAGCAAUAGCUGAGAUUUGGGAAGGUGAAGAAGGAGAGCAGCAGGAGCAAGUUAUCCAAUCAACCACUGUUGAGACAGUUGUCCUUGCGUAGAUUCAUUCCCAUACCGGUUAAGCUUACUAUAAAGACAACACAAAAGUUCACAAAUCUCCACAUCAAUCUUACAUGAUACUGAAUAGUGGAUUGUGUACUCUAUGUACUUAACCCCAAAUUAAUGGGAUAAACUUUUUUCUAGCUC